AGUAAGUGUUGGACGUUCAUCGGUACAUGGGAAGUGUGUCUAUAUACGACACAACUCUGAAGUCUGGAAAUACAACAAACACCACUUGUUUUCGAGGUUAAAUGUGUUUCCAGAGAAAACGGGUCGGUGUUGUCUCUGAGUCAGAUUAACGCAGCUGCUGGUUUCUGGCUGCUAUUUGUCCACCGGGGCGAGCUAGUUUUAGCAAAGUGGCUAGCUAAGUAGAUAACAACCUUGCCCUGUCCGUCAACAAGCAGCAGUUUAGCUCUGUAUGCUCCUGACAGCUUUUAAACAAACCCGUUGUUAUUUUCCCUGUAGCUUAAUGUAGUGUCACUGCCUGCAGCCCAUGGUGUGCAGUUCACGAAGUUUAACGACAGACUGGAGUCCUGUUCUCAGUGCUUUUGAAGAGCCAUGAGCACCUACUGACAGCGGGGUUAGGCUGACAUGGACUGAAGCUGGGCGGAUGAACACCUGUCGUCUCUGGCGACAUUGAACUUCAGAGAAGCCUGCAGGAUGUUGGAAGGCCUGGUGGCCUGGGUGCUGAACACAUACCUGGGGAAAUAUGUCAGCAACCUGAACACAGACCAGCUCUCCAUCGCCCUUCUCAAAGGGGCCGUGGAGCUGGAGAACCUCCCUCUGAGGAAAGAUGCCCUCCGAGAGUUUGACCUUCCAUUUGAAGUAAAAGCAGGCUUCAUUGGAAAGAUUACUCUGCAGAUCCCUUUCUACCGGCCUCACAGUGACCCAUGGGUGAUCUCCAUGUCCCAGCUCAACCUCAUCAUUGGCCCCAUUCAGCUGCAGGAAUACGACGGAGAGAAGGAGAGAGAGGAGGAGAGGGAGCGCAAAACACGCCUCCUCAAAGCCCUGGAGGACAAAUUCAAAAGUGAGUGUGAGCAGAGAGGAGAGUCGUACUGGUACUCUGCCACCGCCUCAGCGGUCACCAGGAUUGUGGAAAACAUUGAGCUGAACAUCCAAGAUGUGCAUCUCAGAUUUGAGGAUGACUUCUCCAACCCAGAGAAACCCUUUGCCUUUGGGGUUUGCAUCAACAACGUUUCUGCCCAGAACCCCUCCAAAGAGACGGUCCAGAAGCAGCUCCGGCAGAAGCAGCUGGAGAUACAAGACUUCAGCGUGUACUGGGACACAGAGAGUGAAAUGCUGGGGAAGCUGCCCGCAAACCAGAUCCAGGAUGCGAUGACCCGGUGUAUGCAGAGCCGCACGCAUCAGUACAUCUUUGAACCUGUGUGUGCCUCCGUGCUGCUCAGAAGAAACACUUCCAAGGAGCCUCUGAGGGCCCGACACACGCCACGCAUCGAGGGCCUAGUUCAGCUGGAGCCCAUGUCCUUGCGCCUGUCACAGGUCCAAUACCAGCAGAUCAUUGUCAUUCUCUUAAGGAGACUGGAACCGUCGGGAGACAGAGAUGCUUACCAAAGUGGAGACCAAGGUGCCCAUUUCGGAGAAAGUACGUUCCCAACAAUGUUUCUAAAUAGGAGCAAACAGUUCAGCAAACAUUGCCGGCAGUGGUGGAUGUUUGCCAUCCAGGCCAACCUGAGUGAGAUACGGGAGCAGCGGCGCAGGGGCAGCUGGGACUUCGCUCUGCGGCGGGCCCGAGACGCUCAGACCUACACAAGCCUGUACUUCAGGAGGCUCAAAGAAGUCCCACUGAGUCCUCCAGAGGAGAGCGAGCUGCAGCGAGUGGAAGAGGAGCAGACACUAGAGGAGCUGCAGAGUCUCCGAGAAAUAGUUCAUGACUGGUUUCGAAAGCAGGAAGAAAUCGCAGAGAAUGUGCGCGAGCCCAGCAGUGACCCCACGCUCUGUGAACCCCCCACAUCCAUCCCCAAGAGUGGGAGCUCAGGAAUGAUCCAGUACCUGCAGUCAUGGUUCCCGGGCUGGGGAGGCUGGUAUGGAGAGUACCAGGACCCAGAGAGGCCUGAGGACCUCCAGCCCAGUCCGUCCUCCUGGGACAUUCUGGCAGAGACAGAAGACCUGUUCAACCCGUUGGAGGACUCUCACACUCUGAACACGUUCACAAGGAGAGAUCACCUGUUUGCACGGCUGGAGUUCUUACUGGAGAAAGGCGGAGUCACGCUCUUCCACCAGGACAGGAGGGGGGGCUCUCUGACCGAAAGUGGGGUCAUCCAGUUGGAAUUUUCAGGGGUGAAGGUGAUCCUGGAGUCCCUCCCUCGCUCUGAGUCUUCCCUGCUGUCUGUGAAGCUGGGGGGGCUUUUCCUGAGAGACCUGACUACUCAGGGCACCAUCUUCCCCGUCCUGGUGUCUCCCAAAACGGACAAAGUUGUUGUUGCCCUUAACCAGCCAUCGGGCCAGUCCAGCAGUACCUCUGGAUGCAAUGCAGAGUGCUCAUCAUCACCAGUGUUUGAAAUGAUUUAUGAGCGAAACCCUGUAAGGUGUCAGUUUGAGCGGAGACUGGAAGUGAACACCAGUCCACUGAACAUCAUCUACAACCCGCAAGCAAUCAAAAAAGUGACAGAGUUCUUCUAUAAAGGAAGAGUUCAUACCUCAGGUUUUGGCUAUCAGUCGGAGUUGGAGCUGAGAGUGGCAGAAGCUGCCAGGAGGCAGUACAACAAGCUGAAAAUGCAGACCAAAGCGGAGAUUCGACAGACCAUUGAUCAGCUGCUUGUGGGAGAGUUUAUUGAAAAUGGCAAGCGUUGGACCAUGAAACUGGACAUCUGUGCACCCCAGGUGAUUUUCCCUGAUGACUUCCAGUCAGAGGACCCGAUGCUAGUUGUUGUUGAUUUAGGCAGGAUUCUCCUCACAAACUCUCAAGAUGACACAAAGGCCAGCUUAAAAACGACUCAACCUGAAACGGAAGAAAUGAGUGAAGAUGAAUACCAGACCCCCCUUGCUACCCCACCAGAGUCUCCACCAUCUGAACUAGACAUGUCUUUGAAAGAACAGCUCAAAAGCCCUGAACUCCCCAGCUUCAUAUCCCCUGAAGGUACACAGGCCUACAGGAGAAAGCUUUAUGAAAAGUACUCCUUGUCCUUUAAGGACCUGCAGAUAAUGGUUGGUCGCUUCAAGGACAACUGGAAACAUCUUCAAGAGAGUGAGGUGGGGCCUACUCACGUGGUGGAGAAGUUUAAUGUGCUGCUCCAGCUUGAGCAGAGACUGCGCUAUACCUCGGACCCCCAGCUCCCUGGGGCUGUGUUGUCAGGAACUCUACCAGACCUAAAGGUCCAUAUCAACCUUGAGAAGAUGACCGCCCUUAGGAGUUGUCUGGCUAGGCUAAGCAGUGAAGAAGACAAAAGCCAAGAGAAGGGCCCAAAUAUACAUUCCCCUGAUCCCCUUACCCUCCGCCAUGACAAAAUCUUUCAGAGGCAGGACAGCUCCUGGAAGCUUCAAGGGUCAGCCAAGAACCUGACCCAGAGUGUGAUGACUUUAGAGCAGCACACACGGGAAGUACUGGUGGAAUCCCGUCUACUUUUAGCGGAAUUCAACAUCAACUACAUGCAGCUUGGUGUAGAAAGCGAUGGCCGCUACAUAUCUGUUCUCAAGGUAUUUGGCACAAAUGCUAAAUUUGUCAAGCGGCCUUAUGAUGCUGAAGUCUCCCUAACUGUCCAUGGUCUUCUGCUGGUAGACACCUUACAGACCUAUGGCUCAGACUUCGACCUCCUUGUGGCUUCACAUAAAAAUCUCAGUUUUGACAUACCCUCGGGCAGUCUCCGGGAGAGCCAGCCUUCGUCCCCAUUGUUGUCUGAAGGCAGGUCUCCCGGGCAUCAGUGCCAUCAUACUGAGUUACCCUCUGGUAUGCCUACUGAUAGAAUCUCCCCCUUCAGUUCCUUUCUCAAAGACCAGGAGGCCCUAAUAAAGCUUGAGUACCAGUUUGUGAGCUCAGACUGCCCCUCCAUGAACCUGGACAGCUCCCUCCAGGUGACAAGCAUGCAGGUCAAUAACUUGGACAUCAUUCUCAACCCUGAGACCAUGGUGGAGCUACUCAAGUUCCUCCAGAAGUCUUUUCCUAAGGAAGAAAGCUCCUGGACAUCGUCAGCACAGCAACACACAACACAGCCUUGCAGUGAGGAAGAGGAAGGGACAUAUCAGGCAACAUAUGACCAGAACAAAGAGCUGACUGUGGAGAUCCAUCGUCUUAACCUGCUUCUACUCCGGACUGUGUCCACUGGCACUGCCCAGUUUGCUGAGAAGAAAGGGUUGAAGAUUGCCACUGCCAGCAUCACAGGCACCAAGGUCAAUGUGUCCAUGGGCAGUCGUUUGGACAUUAAUGGGUCACUCGGGUCCAUGCAGUUGGUGGACCUGACCCAGGAAGGAGGCAGAAGCCAGUUUGUUGUUAGCAUUGGUAGUGCUGAUAGCUCCUGCAAUGUUGGCGGAUUAACAUUCCUUGCUGACAUAGAAGGUUCUUCCUCAGAAGCUUUACAUUUCCGCCUAAUGGAGAAAUCACAAGGGGAGUGUUCCUUGGAACUUCAAAUGGCCUCCUUGCACUAUAACCACUCAGCCAAGUUCCUAAAGGAGUUGAGUCUGUCUGCCAAUGAGGUUGAAGACAAUUUCCGCUCCAUGCUGAAAAGCGCUGCCACCAAAGUUUCAACAGUUCUAGCCACCAAGACGGCAGAGUACAGCGGUAUGGUUUCGCUCUUUGAGACUCCCUCACGGAGAACUCGAACUCAGAGUCAGAGCUGGGCUUAUCCAUAUGAGGAGGAGGAGGAUCCUCCCAUGGAGGAACCUGAAUCCACCUUAGACACAUUCUUGGUGAAGCUGACUCUUAAUAUUAGCAUUGAAUCACCAGUUGUUUCCAUUCCCCGUAAACCUGGACACCCUGAGCUGUUGGUUGGUCAUCUGGGAAGCAUAACAAUUCAGAAUUGUGUUACCGGGCAAGACUCUGAAAGUGAGAAGCUACAGGUGUUGGUGAAGGAUAUCCGACUGUAUUCAGUCAACAUGAGUCAUUUGGUAUUGAAGAGGACACACAGAGCUGGCAGCAUGUCACCAUCCCACAACGGAAGUAUGAAUCAUGAUGAGCCACAAUUCACACGCCAUGACUUCUUUGAAUCCCUCAACCGUGGAAAAGCUUUCCAUAUAUUGAAAGACACCACUAUACAGUUCACCGUGGAGAAGGUUCCAGUUGAAGAAGACACCCAGUUCACCUUCCUCACUGCAGAGGAGCCCUGUAAGAGCACAGGGCUUCUCCGAAUCGAGGGCAAAUUUGUCAACUCUGUUCAGGUGUUCCUGUGCAAGCCUGUGUAUGAACAAGUACUGCAGACAUUGGACAAUUUGUCCUUGAUUGAGGAGCAACGUGUCACACCCAGCCAACCGCCCACACCACCUCCACCAACGCCUUCUUCCACCAGACCGCACCGGUUUCCUGACCCCCAGGGAGGGCUGUUUGCAAGGGACCCUCCCUAUAUGAGCUUUUCCCACUCGUCACUUUCCUCUCCUUUGCCUCUCCAGUCUCACAAACCCGCUAAUCACUCCUCCUUUACUCAGUUCAAAGUCACCUUACAUGUGGCAGAACUGCAGGUGCAGCUCAGUGCUGACCUGACCCAGGGAUCCCAGGGCUUGGUCAGCCUGCGCUUCCGAGAUCUGGAGGGAGACUUCACCAAAGACCAUCCUCAUCUACUAACAGUCCAGCUAGCUCUGCGCUCGCUGCUAAUGGAGGACCUCCUGGAGCAGAACCCUGAGUCUAAAUACAAACAUUUGAUGGUGUCUCAUGGAGCACCCAAGCCCUCCACCUUCAGCCCAAAGGAGUACCUUUCCCAAAGCUGUCCAUCAGCAUCCAAUGCGCUGUACCCAGACAUGCCCCGCUCACUGCCUGCACACAUGGAGGAGGCCCAGAACGUCUUUCAGCUCUACCAGAGGCAUCCCAGCACCCCGUCAGCUGCCCCUCGCAAAUCCAAGAGAGACAUAGACUGUCCCAACACUCCACCUCCCUCCCCUACCCGUCAUACACCAUCCCCUCAGCCCCCUCCAGAUUUUGAUGACUCCCUAGUUCAUAUCAAUGUGCUGCUGGUCGACCAGAACCACCCAGAGUUCAAAACACGCUACGGCAGAGUGGGACGAAGCGUUGAUGUGGACUUUAACUGCCUGGACGUUCUGAUCACACUGCAGACCUGGGUGGUUAUCCUUGACUUCUUUGGUAUUGGCUCCACUGCCAAUAAUCAUGCAGUGAAGGUGCCCCCUAUGUCCCCCCCCCAAGAGCCAGGACAGCCUCUGUAUGAGCCCGACAUCGUUGAGGAGGAGACAUCCGAGGCUGUCAACACUAAAGUGGACCUUAAGGUUCAUUCUUUGUCUCUUGUACUAAACAAGAAAACCAAUGAGCUUGCCAGAGCGAGUGUGUCCAAACUGUCUGCUCAUCUAGAAAUGAUGGAUGGCGACCUGGCAUUACAAGGCAGUUUAGGAAGUUUGUCCCUGAGUGACCUUACACCACAUGGUGAUCUCUACCGAGAGCGCUUCACCACCCGAGGAGGGGAGGCCCUUAUUUUCAACAUCCAUAAGUACGGCCAGCCUGAUCCUUACCUGGAGCGGGAAUGUGACAUCAAGGUGUCCCUGCAGAUGGCCUCCGUGCAGUACGUCCACACCCAGCGCUUUCAGGCCGAGGUGGUGGCCUUCAUCCAACAUUUCACCCAGCUACAGGAUGUUCUCGGCAGGCAGAGGGCUGCUAUGGAGGGCCAGGCUGUGCGCGAACAUCCUCAGCGGGCUUCCAGGGUUCUGCUGGAUAUUGAGGCUGGUGCCCCAGUUAUUCUCAUCCCAGAGAGCUCAUGCUCGCCGAGGGUCAUUGUGGCCAACCUCGGCCAGCUGAGGGUGCAGAACAGCUUCCUGCCAGCGGGGGCUCAUGGGACUUUCUCCCUCAGAGACAAGGAGCGAGUGAGAGCGGCGGGGAGGAAUAGUGAGCCGGAAAAGCCCAGGACCCCCCCUUCCAGCUCCAAAGGGUUUACCCUAGGCAGGCCACAGGUCCCAGACACAUGGGGGCGGGAUGAACCUCACAUUUUAGAAGAGCAUGUGUGCCUGCUGGACUGCAUCGCCCUGGACCUGCAGGAGGUAGAUAUCUUCGCCGCAGAGCGUCUGCCCUGUGGUAAACCUCCCGAAUCCUCAGACCUCAUCUUUCCUUCCUACUCUGUCCGUCGCACUGGCGAGAACCUGCUGAAGAACUGCUGCCGACUGGAGCUGAAAGUAGAGCGCAACCUGGACAAGGAGUUGAGCCAUGCAGUUCCUGACAUGUCUAUCCACGGCUGCCUGUCGUCAGUACACUGCUCUCUGGACCUAGAGCACUACCAGCUGAUCCGAGGCCUGCUGGAGAACAACCUGGGAGAGCCUUUCGAGGAUUUCCUGCGGCCCUACAACUUACAGGACCCCAGCAGCUAUACGGUGUUAAGUGGAGAUGUCUAUACCAGCAUGUCUUUCUUGGUUGACAUGAUGGAUGUCAGUUUGGAGCUCUUGGACAGCCCAACACACACAGAAGAUGAACGCUCAUUAGCAAGGUUUGACUUCAUGAAAUCGAAGCUACUCUUUGAGAGUUUCUCCAAUGGAUCCAAGUCUGUUAACCUGGUGUCUCACUCACUGCUGGCAUAUGACACUCGCUGUAAAGGGCCCAACAAAAGCCCAGGGCGGGCCGCAGGGGGACGGCACAAUGUGUUUGACUGCAUCCUGCAGCCCUCCAAAACCGGCACCAAUCGGGCCACACUGCAGCUGGAGCUGCAUUACAGAUCCACGCGUGACUCCUCCUGCUUCACUGUGGUGCUGAACAACCUGAGAGUGUUUCUCAUCUUCGACUGGCUGCAGCUGGUCAGAGACUUCCUGCGGGUGCCGGUGGAGAAGGUGCCAAGAGCUGCUGAGCCUGGUCAGGGCCGGCCCGGUGACGCCAGCACGGACCCGAGCCCCGCCACCAUCAGCACCACCGGGGCCGUCAUGCCAAAGACGGUGAAGAGCGGUGUGGUCACCAAGAGGUCCACGGUGCCCGUCACUCAGGACCGCUGCCUGGAGGUCAAGAUCAACGUCACAGGCACAGAGUUUGUGGUUGUGGAGGACUCGUCUUGUCUGGAUACCAACGCCAUCAUUCUGAAGGGCACCACCGUCCUCACAUACAAACCCCGCCUGCUGGACAGACCCUUCUCUGGCAGCCUCGCAGGAAUAGAGGUUUUCUCGUGUCGGCUGGGCAGUGAGCAGGAGACAGCGCUGUCCAUUAUCGACCCAGUCAACAUUCAGGUGGAGCUGUGUGGGAGCCCCACAUACCAGAGCAGCUCGGGUCUACUGGACGCCUUCAACGUGGAGGACAUCCCUCCCCUGCUGGAGAUUCAGUUUCCUACUCUGGACAUUCGUCUUUCCUACAACGACAUUCAGCUCUUCUUGGCAAUCGCCAGGUCCAUCCCUACCUCCAGUUCUGCGCUGCCCUCUGACUGUGAAAGCAGCACUGAGCCUGCAGCUACACCCAAGGACCUCUUCAGGCAGAAGACCGAGGCCCUCAUAGCGGGCCAGCUGACCCAUUUACAAGACCUUGGCUUCAGGAAAGAGGAUUGCAAAAGAGCCCUGAUCCACUGUAAAGGCCAGCUGGACCAGGCUGCCACGUGGUUGUUAGAGAAUGCUGAGAACAUGGCAGGCCAUGCCAGAGCCCGGGCCAACUCUGCCUCCAGCAGCCACUCUGCUCCUCUGUCGGGGGUGGAGGUGAAGGCUGAGAGUGUGUGCAUCUGCUUCAUUGAUGACUGCCUGGACUGUGACAUACCACUGGCUGAGCUCACCUUCUCCAGGCUCUAUGUGCUGCAGCGCAUUGGUUCCACUCAGGAAGGAAACGCCAGCUUCACUUUGUCAGGAGACUACUUCAACAGAGAAUUGUCAGGCUGGGAGCCCUUCAUCGAGCCCUGGCCCUGCUUCCUCUCCUGGCAGCAGCAGGCCGCUGGCCGUAUCCACCCUCCACGUUUUAAGAUGGGAAUUCGAGCCAAGCAGAGACUGGACGUCAACAUCACUUCUGUCCUGUUGGAACAAUAUAACACCACCAAAAGCUCAUGGAUAGCUGACUACUGUAAGGAGGAGGAACAGACCCCCCAGUCUUCACCCACCCAGCCCUGGAUGGGCUCCUCAGUCGACCCACCUAGCUUUAUACAGAGUGCUCCUCUUGCUCACCUUAGAACUAGGAGCACAGCCACCCUGACCUGCCUCGAGCAGCAGAUUCUCUCCAGAGCUGAUGUGAAGCUGUCCAAGAGGAGGCAGCCGUUUGUGCCCUACGCUCUGCGAAACCACACGGGAUGUACCAUGUGGUUCGCCACUCUGACUACCACUCCUACAAGGGUGGCGCUGUCUCACAGCAGCAGUGCAGACUCCAUCUCAGACGUUCACGGCCCGGGAACUGAUGACACCCACAAUGUGAGCCAGUGGAGGGAGGUGCUGCCUGGGGAGGAGGUCCCCUUUGAGUUCGAAGUCCGCGAGAAACUCCGCCACAGACAAACUCAUGAGCUGAAGCUUCACCAGCUGGUGGUGCGGGUGUGUGGGUGGGAGCAGGUGAAGCCGGUGUCCGUGGACAAAGUGGGCGUGUUCUUCCGUUAUGCAGCUCCGGACAGAAACAGCUCCUCCAACACUGUUGGCAGUCCUAUUAGCAGAACCAACAUCAUCCACCCGCAUGUUUAUUUCUCUGCCCUGCCUCCAGUCAGAGUGGUGUUCUCCAUCACUAUGGAGGGCAGUGCCAGGAAGGUGAUCACUGUCCGCUCGUCCCUCAUGGUGAAGAACCGGCUGGAUGUUCCUAUGGAGGUCCGCCUGGACAGCCCCUCUGCUCCUGACAAGCCAGUGGUGCUGCCUCCUAUCCUCCCCGGCCAGGCAUUGGCGGUGCCCCUCCACCUCACGUCCUGGCGUCUGCAGGCCCGGCCCAAAGGCCUGGGCGUGUUCUUCUGUAAGGUUCCCAUCCACUGGACCAGCGUGGAGCGGCCCGGGGAGAUCAGCAGCAGUAAGAGGGACUGUCAGUCAGCAGACUUUGACGACAGCCUCAAGCGUGACUUCAGAUUUUGUGUGGUCAUCAAAAAGGAGAACUAUCCGGAGCAGCAGCCGGCCAAGAGGGUUGCUGGCAGUGCAAAGGAGAUCUAUCGACAGCCAGGCCACACCAUCUACCUGCUGCCCACCAUGGUGUUGGCCAACCUGUUGCCCUGUGACCUCAACUACUUCAUCAAGGGAACAUCCAUCAGAGGCUCCCUGAAGCCGGGGAAAGAGGCAGUGCUUCACCCUGCCGACACCUCUCAGAACAUGGAGCUAGGAGUCCUGCUGGAGAGCUUCCCUGUGUGCAAAGAGCUGCUCAUUCCCCCUGGUACUCAGAACUAUGUGGUGCGCAUGAGGCUGUAUGACACCAACAAACAUCUGCUCUGCCUCACCAUCCGCAUCAUCCUGCGAGCACAGGGGGCUCUGAAGAUCCUAAUCUCUGCCCCCUACUGGCUUAUCAACAAGACUGGCCUGCCGUUAAUUUUCCGUCAGGACAACGGCAAAGCUGAUGCUGCAGGCCAGUUUGAGGAGCACGAGCUGGCCCGGAGCCUCAGCCCACUGCUGUUCUGCUACACUGACAAGGAGCAGCCUGCGAUGUGCACAAUGCGGAUCGGUAAAGGGAUCCACCCAGACGGAGUUCCAGGCUGGUGCCAGGGCUUCUCCCUGGACGGAGGCAGUGGAGUCAGGGCAGUAAAGGUCAUCCAGCAUGGGAACAGGCCUGGCCUCAUCUAUAACAUAGGCAUCAGUGUGCGGAAAGGAAAAGGACGCUACAGGGACACACACAUAGUGACCUUUGCCCCGCGCUACCUCCUGGAUAACCGCUCUACACACAAACUGGCCUUCGCUCAGAGAGAGUUUGCAAGAGGAAAGGGUGCGGCUAACCCAGAGGGUUACAUCUCCACCCUGCCGGGCUCCAGCGUUGUCUUCCACUGGCCACGCAAUGACUACGACCAGCUGCUGUGUGUGCGCCUCAUGGACACCCCCAACUGCACCUGGUCAGGAGGCUUCGAGGUCAACAAACCAAAGUCCUUUCACGUCAACAUGAGGGACACACUGGGAAGCUGUUUCUUCCUGCGGACAGAGAUCACCCUGAAGGGGGCCACGUACCAGAUCUCCUUCUCUGACACGGACCAGCUGCCUCCACCUUUCCGCAUCGAUAACAUCUCUGAAGUUCCAAUCCAGUGCUGGCAGCAUGGUGUGGCGGACGUCCGCCUGCACACUGAGGUGAAGGCGGACUGCGUGCUGGACUACGCCUGUGACGAGCCCACCCUGCCCCCCUACCUCACUCUGACCGUGAAGGGGGCGGGAUCCUCAGAGGUCACUGCAGACAUGAACUUCUUCAGAGAGUACAACAAGCUUUACUACGAGAACUUCAUCUACAUCGCUGCCACGCACACCUUCUCACCGAAAGUGGAGAAGAGGCCUGUUGGGAAGAAGCGUCUGGUGAGCUGUGCUGAACUGGUCCUCGACGUGGACACUAAGACUCAAAGGGUCAUCCUGAAAAAGAAGGAGCCAGGGAAGCGCUCUCAGCUGUGGAGGAUGACGGGGACCGGCAUGCUGUGCCAUGAGGGCUCGUCCCCCCCGCAGAGCAAGCCUGCACAGCCACGCCCCCUGGACUCCUCUUUGGUGCUGGACAUCGCAGGGCUGGCAGCUGUCAGUGACAACAGUUUCGAGCCGCUGAUGCUGAGGAGGCCAGACUCUCGCCGCAGCACCACCCAGACCUGGUUCUUCAGCUCAGGCAUGCUGACCUGUGGCCUUCCCCGGCUGGUGGUGCAGGUGAAGUGUGGGCUGUCAGGUUUGUAUGAUGGAGCAGAGGUAGUGCUGGGACCAGACUCAGGGCUGCAGGCUCCUGGCCCUGAGCAGCAGUUCAUCAACCAGAAGAUGAGGCCGGGUUCUGGUGUGCUGUCAGUCCAGGUGCUGCCAGACGGACCAACACGUGUCCUACAGAUCAGUGACUUUAACCAGAGGAGAAUGAUCCGCAGCUCCCCCAGCACAGAGCAGGACCGGGGGAAGGGGGAGGUGAAGAAGAAGGAGCCUGAGCAGGAGCUGGAGGUGUUGGUGAACCUGGAGGAGGGUGUAGGGGUAUCUCUGGUCAACAAGGUCCCAGAGGAGCUGGUGUUCACCACGCUGUCCGGGAUAGAUGUCCACUUCACCCGCACUGCAGCUAACGAGGUGUUGGAGCUCAGCAUUCAGAACAUCCAGGUGGACAACCAGCUGCUGGGCAGCACGCAGCCUGUGAUGCUGUGUGUGACGCCCAGCUGCAGUGACAGCAGUGUGAGCGACAGCGGCCCUGCCCUGCAGGUCAACUCUGUGAAGGUUCCCAGCAGCCUCAUGCUCACGGACCUGUUCAAGCACCUCAUGGUGACGGCCCGCCGCUUCACCGUCAUCAUUGAGGAGAAGCUGCUGCUCAAGCUGCUCAGCUUCUUUGGAUACGGACAGACUGAGGCUGAGCUGGAAACAUUUGAUGAAAACAUCUAUGAGAAGCCCAACGAGGAAUCAGGACCUCCCAAACGCUACUACUUUGAGAACCUGAAGAUCAGCCUCCCCCAGGUCAAACUUAGCGUGUUUACCUCUCACAAGCUGCCUCCAGACCUCAAGGCUCUGAAAGGCACCCUGGGCUUUCCUCUGGUCCGCUUUGAAGACGCUGUCAUCAACAUGUACCCCUUCACCAGAGUGCACCCCUAUGAAACCCAGGAGAUCCUCAUCAACGACAUCCUCAAGCACUUCAGAGAGGAGUUGAUGAGCCAGGCGGCUCAGAUCCUGGGCUCUGUGGACUUCCUGGGAAACCCCAUGGGGCUCUUGAACGACGUGACGGAGGGCAUGUCUGAGCUCAUCAAGUACGGCAACGUGGGGGGGCUCAUACGCAAUGUGACCCACGGGGUGUCCAACUCUGCUGCCAAGUUUGCAGGGACGUUAUCAGACGGGCUGGGAAAGACCAUGGACAACCGGCACCAGAGCGAGCGAGAGUACAUCCGGUACCACGGGGCCACCAGCGGGGAGCACUUGGUGGCAGGGAUCCACGGUCUGGCUCACGGUAUCAUUGGAGGCAUGACGAGCAUCAUCACCUCCACGGUGGAGGGCGUGAAGACGGAGGGCGGAGUCAGCGGCUUCUUCUCUGGCCUGGGCAAAGGUCUAGUUGGCACAGUGACCAAACCGGUGGCUGGGGCUCUGGACUUUGCCUCAGAGACGGCUCAGACGGUCCGGGACAUGGCUAGUCUCAGUAACCACAGGCUGGGGGUACAGCGGGUAAGGAAGCCGCGCUGCUGUAAGGGCCCCCAGGGUCUGCUCCCCCGACACUCUGCCACUCAGGCAGAGGGGCAGGAGCAGCUGUUCCGCCUGACGGACAACAUCCACUCUGAGUUCUUCAUCGCUGUGGAGCCCAUCGACAGCUACUGCGUCCUCAUCUCCUCUAAGGUGGUGUACUUCCUGCGGCCAGGGGAGUACGUGGACCGGGAGGCCAUCUUCCUGGAGGUGAAGUAUGACGACCUGUACCACUGCCUGGUCUCUAAGGAUCAUGGGAAGGUGUAUGUGCAGCUCACCAAGAAGGCAGAGAGCACCAGCAGCGGGGUGGCCAUCCCAGGCCCCUCCCACCAGAAACCUAUGGUCCAUGUGAAGAGUGAGAGUCUGGCCAUCAAAAUCUCUCAGGAAAUCAACUAUGCCAAGAGUCUGUACUACGAGCAGCAGCUGAUGCUUCCUGCCAGCGAGAACGAGGACUGCUUACAGCUCGAGUCCUGAUCACAUCACUGUUUUACAAGCAUUGGUCACUUUUCUUAAAUCCUGAGACUGUCAGGGCUUUUAUUGAUUUUUGUAGACCUCAGUGUUUUAAAGAGUUUGACAAACUGCAGCAAAGGGAACAGUCAGACACAUGACCUGAUGUCUGGCACAUGAAAUCACAACAUAUGCAAGCCGCUGUACAUUUGAUGAAGAAACACUGGCUCCAUGUUUAUAUGUUCUACAUGUUUGUGUAUAGACAGAAAUGUAAAUAUAGCUACAAACCAAUACUACAAACAUACUGUACUAAUUAUGAAGUGUGGAGAAUAACAGAUCAAGCUGAUGUAAAAUAUACAAACAAACUGCCUUUCCCUCUCUAUUUUGUGUAUAAGUGACCAUUAGUUGGGGGAGGGGGGGUAAUAGCACUGACACAGGGAGUGAGGGGACCUGCAGCCCCCCCCCCUGCCUCACACACUGAAGCUGCCUGUCUCCGUCUCUGCCUUUUACAAUCACACACCUCCAGGUCGGACAUGUGUUUUAUUUGAAACCUUUUUUAACAAGAUGCUUCCGUCUGCAGAGUUCUGAUCCACAGCACGGAGCGCCCCCUCCUGAGUGUUGGUCUUUGGGUUGAGUGUGUUGUCAGAGAUAUUCCUAAAAUGUGUGUUCGAGAAGAGGAGUGCAUAUGUGCUCUUUACAAUAACGUUCAUGUGGACACACUUCAAAUAAAGCCCCAAGACAGCA